AUGUCUAAUGUGAUGAUGAUCAACUUUAGAUCAACCCUUCCUCUGGAAUCCACACCUCUCAGACAGGCAGCCAAACCGAAGCAUUCAGUGUCGGAGAAGGAGAACAACCCAGUGAAGAGUGCAGAAGCACUUCCUGAUGCCAAGAAGAUGGAGUAUCGGCUGCUCAGAGACGACAUGGCCAGUCUGGAGAAGCAGAGAUCGGGCCGGCUGGAGUUCGUGGGGGGCGUCCCCUCUCCUGCGGGCUCGGACUCUGACCUGGACGUCCUGGGAAGAGCAGCAGAUCUGCAGGAGAAGCUGAAUCAGCACAAAACGCAGCUGUGUAAAGACGAGGCUCUGCUGAAGCAGCUCCUGCAGCAGGAAAUGAAGAAGAAAGAGUCUCUGAAAGCAGCCGAGGGGAAGGUGACCCGACUCAAGGAGCAGCUGCUGGCGUCAGAGAAGAUUGUGAGUGCCAACAGAGUGUUGCUGAAGAAGCUGCAGGAGCAGGUUCAAAGAGUCCAGCACCGCGUGAGCGUGAAGAAGCAGCAGUCGGUGAAGCUGGAGAGAGAUCUGGUUCAGGCGCAGGCCGCUGCAGCUCCUGCCGUGCUCAAACGCAACGCAUCUGCCGCCAUCUACUCCCCGGUGAAGGUGCGGCGCAUGGAUCGCUCAGAUGUGCAUUACGCAGAGCUCAUCGCGCAGAAGAAGCGCCUGCAGCAGCUGGAGUCAGAAUACGCCCUCAAGAUUCAGAAGCUCAAAGAGGCCCAGGCGUUACGGCAAGCCGAGCCGCGGCCCGCCGCCCCACAGAUGCCCAGCACACUCUACCCGUUCCCGCAGCCCUCGCUUCAUGACCUGACCCAGGACAAGCUGGCACUGUCCAGCGAGGACGUGGAGGCCGAGGAGGACGAGCAGCAGCAGCAGACUCCCGCCUCAGUGACGCCCCGUAACCGCCGGCGGUCGUUCCGAGAGUCCGGCUCCUUCACCAAACCCAAGCUGUGCCAUCUGGAGACGCCCGCUGCUUCACCCAUGCCCCUCAAACAGGCCAAAGCGUCCUGCAGCGCAGCCGGUCUGCCAGAGCUGCUGCUGGGGCUGAACGUGGAGGAUCUGCGGCAGCGGUACCAGCUGUGUGCCGGGCUCCCUGAGCUCCUGCAGGAGGAGAUGCGCUCGCUCAGCUGGGCUCCCGGGAAGGUCGUGCAGGUGGACUUUGAUCCAAUGGCAGCUCAUCAGAGCCGAGCGGAGCCAAAACCAGAACCGUUUGGACCGUAUCACAGUCCUUUACUAGUCUUCAAAUCAUACAGGUUCAGCCCGUAUUACCGGACCAAAGAGAAGCUUUCCCUCCGCUCCGUCACCUACAGCAACGCCAUCGAGCCAAAGAAGCGCUUCUGUCGCUUCGAUCUGACCGGCACGUGUAACGAUGACGAUUGCACAUGGCAGCACAUGAGGGACUGCAGCCUCACAGAGAGCCAGCUGUUUCAGGACGUCCUGUCCUACAGCCUGCCUCUGAUUGGCUGCGCGGACACCAGCAGCACCGGUGACAUCAGCAGUGCCACAGAGAAAUAUAUGAAGAAACUGUUUGGGCCCAAUAAGGACCGGAUGGGGACGGACCAGAAGGCCGUUCUGCUCGUGAGCAAAGUCAACGAGAGAUUGAGACACAUUCCUCCCUUCACCACGAAUAAAUCCCAGAGGAAAUGGAGACCGGAAGCUCAGAAAGUGAAAACGCACGUUCAGGAAGAUGAAGACCUCAACCCUGUGGACGUGACUGUCCCCGUCUGUCACAACGGGCGCGUCCAGGAGCGCUGGUCAUCGGCUGACGUGUGUGUCACGCAGGACGAUAAGAGAUACUUCGACAGCGAGACGGAUGACAUCAGUAACCUGGAGACCAGUGUGCUGGAGAGUCCCAGCGACGUGCAGCUGUGGAUCAAACUGGCCUUCAAAUACCUCAACCAGAAAGACACCUCUGUGGCAGAGUGUCUGGACGCGGCGCUGAACACGCUGUCCCGUGCGCUGGAGGACAACCGCGAGGACACUGAGGUGUGGUGUCACUAUCUGACGCUGUUCUCGCGGCGCGGCAGCAGAGAAGAGGUUCAGGAGAUGUGUGAGAUGGCCGUGGAGCACGCGCCGCACUAUGACGUCUGGUGGACUUACAUGAGCGUUGAGAGCGGUUUCGAGGGGAAGGAUUACCUGUGUGGGCGUCUGGUUUCACACCUGCUGGAGGCGUCACAUGACGUCAGGUCGGAUGUGCAGUCGUUCCAGCUGCUGGAGUCAGUGCUGUUCAGAGUUCAGCUCAGUGUGUUCACAGGCCGUCAGCACAGCGCUCUCAGCAUACUCAAGAGUGCGCUGCAUUCGGGCUCUGAAUCGAGCGUAGCGGAUCAUCUGACUGUGGCCGACCGUUGUCUGAUGUGGCUGUCUUAUAUCCACCUGACUGAAUUCAGACAUCUGCCGGCGUGUCUGUACGACCCUGCCAGCUCCAACCCCUCCAGAAUCACGUGCACAGAUCCCUUCCUCAUUCCCUGGAGAAUGGCCCAAGAUCUCCGUACACCCACUGACAUCAUCGUCAGCCUGUUCAGAGAUGCUGUGUGUGGCUGCACGGAUGAGCGUUUGUGUUCCAGUGAGCAGAUUCAGGCCUGUUUCCCUCUGCACUCAAACCUCAUUCAUCUGUACAGGACACUAGACAGAUGUCAAGAAGCUCUUGCGCUGUGUGAGCGUCUGCUGGCGGUGUGUCCGCUCUACUGCCCUCUGCUGGAGGUCACCGGUGAGCUGCACCUGUCCUCGGGACACACAGAGAAAGCUGAAGAGCUGUGGAGACGUGCUCAUUCUCUCAGUGCUAGCAGCGCUCGCGUUUUCCACCAGCUCUGCAAGUGUUUGCUCGCUCAGGGGAGCGUCAGUGUUAUGGAAGAGCUCUUUGACAAGUUCAUGCACUCUUUCUGUGAAUCUGUGCAAGAUCAGCUGAAGUCGCUGGAUGUGUUACGCCAUAUUCUUGGUGUUCCUACACAAGACUUGCUGAGAGUUCCAGUUCUCAAAGAUGAUCUUCAGGACGAGAUCAGAGCUCAGCUGCCGUACCUGCAUCUCCUGCACUGUUUCUGGCAGUCUACCUAUGGCGUUGUGAGAGAGGCCAUUGAUGCGUUUGAGAAAGCUUUGGGAACGAUUACAAAGCUGGAGUUAAUUCACACCCUCUGGCUAGACUAUCUGUCCUUCGCCAGCAGUAAGAUGUUGGCGCCGCAGCCGAGUGUUCGCGAGCUGAAAAUGUUUACAGGUCUGGUGCACCGCUGUCUGGAGACUGUGCCGAGCAGACUCACCCUGCCCUUCAGCUCCUCACAAUACUGGAGCUGCUUCAGCUUCCAUAACAAGGUCAUAUCCUUCUAUUUGGGUUGUUUCCCUCAAUCCCAACAUUCCCUUAUCCUGGAAAGACUUCAGCAUAUCAUGCCAACCAAUACUGAACUGGCCAUAAGGUUGCUGCAGCAAGAAUGGCAGGAUGGCAAUGUUGAACAUUUUAAAUUGCAAAGCAGAAUGUUGUGCUGUAGCGUCCCAACCUGUCUGGCCAUCUGGAAAAUAGCUAUUGCUGUUGAGAAGGAGCAAAGGCAAAGAGCAGAGGUCCAGCGGCUGUAUCAGCAGGCGCUCCAGAAACUGCCUCUGUCUGCUGCUCUCUGGAAAGAUUGUUUGCUCUUCGAGGCUGCUGAAGGAGGUAAAACUGACACACUGAAAAAAAUAAUUGACAAGUGCCAAGAGGUGGGAGUGAGUCUAAAUGAGCCGCUAGGGUUAGAGCCGAGCCAAGCCGAGUGACACGAGCAGCACAUUCCCAGAACAAGAGUACAUGCUUCCAUUAAACCUCCACAGACACGCAGACACGCACGCGUCUUAGCUUAGACCCGAGUCAGUAUUACGAGCAGAAAUCCAGUGAGGACACAAUGAGCUACCCAUAAUCCAGUAUGUGGGCCUCUUUUAUCAUCAUGUACGUAAGUAUGAAUAUGUUGACGAU